UCUAUGGCAUUCAAGUUCAAAUACAAGUUUAUAACUACAGUAAAAAACAAAGAGAGAGAAAGAGAAACUAAUAAGUAGCUUAUUUUUCAUAGCUAUUGGUUCCUCUCACCAAGUCUUCUAUUUAAUAAAAUCUGAGCCUUCGGAAAACACAAAAUACCUGAAGGUCUUACCUACAAACAUGGACAGAUGUGUACCCUCUCAUUUCAGAGAACUGGAAUUUUUUUUUUUUUUAAAGCAAAGAGUCCACUUUGGCUUUGAGCAUUUGGCGUGGGUACAAUGCCUUUAAAAAAGCAGAUGACCAGCCUAGCCACUGACCACUGCCCGGAAUUGGAUCAAAUCACAGAAAAACGGUGAAUGGCUCUUAUAGAAUGUCUGAACAAAGCGAGAUUUUGCAGAGCACGUUUGAUCAUUUAAUCUCUUCUAACUGGUCUGGAUUACAGACAGAAUCAAUACCAGAGGAAAUGAAACAGACUGUAGAGGAACAGGGAAAUAAAUUGCACUGGGCAGCUCUUCUGAUACUCAUGGUGAUAAUACCCACAAUUGGUGGAAACAUCCUUGUUAUUUUGGCUGUUUCACUGGAGAAAAAGCUACAAUACGCUACCAAUUACUUUCUAAUGUCCCUGGCGGUGGCUGAUUUGCUGGUUGGAUUGUUCGUGAUGCCGACUGCCCUCCUGACAAUAAUGUUUGAGGCUACGUGGCCCCUCCCACUUGUUCUGUGUCCUGCCUGGUUAUUUCUUGAUGUUCUCUUUUCAACUGCAUCCAUCAUGCAUCUUUGUGCCAUUUCAGUGGAUCGUUAUAUAGCCAUCAAAAAGCCAAUCCAGGCCAAUCAAUAUAACUCACGAGCUACAGCACUCAUCAAGAUUACAGUGGUGUGGUUAAUUUCAAUAGGUAUUGCCAUUCCAAUCCCCAUUAAAGGAAUAGAAACUGGUGUGGAUAACCCAAACAACAUCACUUGUGCGCUGACAAAGGAACGUUUUGGCAACUUCAUGCUCUUUGGCUCACUGGCUGCCUUCUUUACACCCCUUGCCAUCAUGAUUGUCACCUACUUUCUCACUAUCCGCACUUUACAGAAGAAAGCCUACUUGGUCAAAAACAAGCCACCUCAACGCCUAACAUGGGUGAAUGUGUCCACAGUUUUCCAAAGGGAUGAAACCCCUUGCUCGUCACCUGAAAAGGUGGCAAUGCUCAAUGGUUCUCGCAAGGACAAAACUCUGCCCAAUUUAAGCGAUGAAAGACUGAUGCGAAAGAUGUCCGCCAUUGGAAAAAAGUCAGUGCAGACCAUUUCCAAUGAACAGAGAGCCUCAAAGGUCCUAGGGAUUGUGUUUUUCCUGUUUUUGCUUAUGUGGUGCCCCUUUUUUAUUACAAAUAUAACUCUAGUUUUGUGUGAUUCCUGCAACCAGACUACUCUUGAAAUGCUUUUGGGAAUAUUUGUGUGGAUAGGCUAUGUUUCCUCAGGGGUAAAUCCUUUGGUUUAUACGCUCUUCAAUAAGACAUUCCGAGAUGCAUUUGGCCGAUACAUUACCUGCAAUUACCAGGCUACAAAGUCAGUAAAAACUCUUAGAAAGUGUUCCAGUAAGAUCUAUUUCCAGAACACAAUGACAGAGAACUCUAAGUUUUUCAUGAAACAUGGAAUUCGAAAUGGGAUUAAUCCUGCCGUGUACCAGAGCCCAAUGAGGCUCCGAAGUUCGACCGUUCAGUCUUCAUCAAUCAUUCUACUAGAUACUCUUUUCCUCACUGAAAAUGAAGGUGACAAAACUGAAGAGCAAGUCAGUUAUGUAUAGAACUGGCACAGUUUUUGUCUAACUAAUGUAAUGAUGAAUAAGAUGAUUAACUAGAUGUAAAUGUACUGAGAAUUAUCUAAAGAAAAAAA